CAUUCUGAAGAAAGCUGGGGCGGUCCGUUUUAAAUACAGUACCAGGAGUGUACACCUUUUUUAUAUUAUUAUUUUUUUAGGCUAAAAGAUCAGAGAUCUCUGCUGUGCUGAACAUGAUGAUAAAUUAUAGUUGCUGUUAAAUGACACCAGCAUCCCAAUACGUGGAGACAAAGUCGUAAGGCUGUGCUCACUUCAUAGGCAGCAUGCAUUAGCAUUGUUUGUCUUCACAUCGAAAGUGCACCGAAGCUGCUUGGACCGAGUGCAGAAGACGCGCAACCUGCAGUGUCUGACAGAUUGUUGCGGAUAGUUGAUGAAUUUUCACUGUGCUGCGUUUUUUUCUUCUUCUACAGCUUGUGUGAAAUAGAGACACUACUUUAUUUUAGAAGAACAUAUACCCUGUUUUGCGUCCCGUUCUCGAAGUUUGCAAUUUGAUUUAAGGAUUUUAUAAUGGUGCGUUUGUGAGAGACGUCGUGUGAAGUCUUGAAAACUGCUAGAUUUCAUGUAUUGUUUGGUAGAAGCUAUGGAUUGUAAAAACAGUCUUCAUGGCGGAUCUUGAAGUUUUUAAAGCUCUCAGCCCGGAGAAAGUCGAGAGAUGCAUGAGUAUUAUGCAGUCCGGGACCCAAAUGGUCAAGCUGAAGAAUGGAUCGAAGGGUCUGGUUCGUCUCUUCUACCUGGACGAGCAUCGGACUUGCAUCAGAUGGAGACCAUCUAGAAAAAAUGAGAAGGCCAAAAUUACCAUUGAUUCUUUGUACAAGGUCACAGAAGGGAGGCAUUCUGGGAAUUUCCAUCGCCAUGCCGAAGGAAACUUUGACCCGAGUUGCUGCUUUACCAUCUACCAUGGUAACCAUAUGGAGUCCCUGGAUGUAGUAACCUCCAACCCAGAGGAGGCUCGCACAUGGAUUACUGGCCUCAAGUACUUGAUGGCUGGAAUAAGUGAUGAGGAUUCCCUUUCCAAGAGACAGCGAACCCACAAUCAAUGGAUGAAACAAACGUUUGAGGAAGCUGACAAGAACGGAGAUGGGCUGCUGAAUAUUGAAGAGAUCUAUCAGUUGUUACAUAAAAUGAAUGUCAAUCUGCCACGAAGGAAAGUCAGGCAGAUGUUUCAAGAGGCUGACACUGAUGAGCACCAGGGAACUUUGACCUUUGAGGAGUUUUGCGUUUUUUACAAGAUGAUGUCACUCCGAAGGGAUAUCUUCUUGUUGCUCAUGUGCUUUAGCGACAAAAAGGAUCAUCUUACCGUUGAGGAACUCGCUCACUUCCUCAAGACCGAACAGAAGAUGAGCAAUGUGACGACAGAGUAUUGUUUGGACGUUAUUGAUAAGUUUGAAGUCUCCGAAGAAAACAAAAAGAAAGAUGUGUUGGGGGUAGAAGGGUUUACCCUCUUCAUGCGUAGCCCUGCCUGUGAUAUAUUCAACCCACUGCACCACGAGGUGAACCAAGACAUGGACCAGCCACUGUGUAACUACUUCAUCGCUUCAUCCCACAACACCUACCUGACUGGCGACCAGCUGCUGUCUCAUUCCAAGACCGAUAUGUAUGCCUGGGUCCUUCAGUCUGGCUGUCGCUGCGUUGAGGUCGACUGUUGGGAUGGUCCAGAUGGUGAGCCAGUGGUACAUCACGGAUACACACUGACGUCCAAAAUCUCUUUCAAAGAUGUCAUUGAAACAAUCAACAAAUACGCCUUCGUGAAAAAUGAAUUCCCAGUGAUUCUUUCAAUAGAAAACCAUUGCAGUAUCCUGCAACAGAAAAAGAUUGCCCAGUACCUGAAGGAAGUACUUGGAGAGAAGCUGGAUCUUGGUGGAGUUCUGACUAGGGAUUCGAAACAACUCCCCAGCCCCAUGAGUUUGAAAGGCAAGAUUCUCAUUAAGGGGAAAAGGCUGCCCCCAUUCCUCGCUGCCGAUGCCGAGGAAGGAGAAGUUUCGGAUGAUGACAGCGCUGAUGAAAUUGAAGAUGACUUCAAAUUAAAGCAAGGCAGUAGCAACGAAGCAACCGAACACCAUGUGGAAUCCUGCAUCAGGAAGAAGCUAGACUCCUUGCUGAAAGAAUCGAAAAUUGGGGAUAAGGAGGAUUCUGAAAGCUUUACCAUUAAGGCUCUAUUAAAAGCCACACACGGAGGCUUGCACAUGAAUCUCAAACAGAAUUCAAACAUCAAAGAAGGUGGAAAGAAAUCCCAAAGCUGCUCCUUUAUCAGCAACUUUUCAAAACAUAAGAAAAACGGAAGAUCGAGAUCCAAGUCUCAGAGCAUAGAGGGAGAGGAAGAUGGACAGCAUGAUGCAUCGGAGAAAGGCUGGGGGCUGGCCCACAGGGCUGGCCAGCGCAGGAAAACAAUCAAGCUGAGCCGGGAGCUCUCUGAGCUGGUGGUUUUUACAAACUCUGUGGCCUCCCAGGACGUUCUUGAGGAAGGCAGUGCUGGGAAUGUGCUGUCAUUUAGUGAGACAAGAGCCCACCAACUGGUGAAUCAAAAGCUUGAACAGUUUAUCUUAUUCAACCAGAAACAGCUGUCCAGAAUCUAUCCAUCUGCAUACAGGGUAGAUUCCAGCAAUUUCAACCCACAGGCUCACUGGAACAUUGGAUGCCAGCUAGUGGCUUUAAAUUACCAGACUGAAGGGCGUAUGAUGCAACUUAACCGGGCCAAAUUCCUGGUGAACGGGAACACUGGCUAUGUCCUCAAACCUCAGCCAAUGUGCAAAGGUGCAUUCAAUCCAUUCUCUGAAGAUCCUCUGCCUGCUUAUCCCAAGAAACAACUUGUUCUAAAAAUCAUCAGCGGGCAGCAGUUACCUAAACCCCCCGACUCCAUGCUAGGGGAUAGAGGAGAGAUAAUUGAUCCCUUUGUUGAAGUAGAGAUCAUUGGUUUGCCAGUGGACAGCUGCAAAGAACAGACCAGAGUUGUUGAUGAUAAUGGAUUCAACCCUGUUUGGGAGGAGACAAUAACUUUCACCCUUCACAUGCCUGAGCUGGCUUUAGUUCGUUUUCUGGUCUGGGACCAUGAUCCAAUUGGGCGAGAUUUUGUUGGGCAAAGAACUGUGGCCUUCAGUAGCCUCAUGCCUGGUUAUCGGCAUGUCUAUUUAGAGGGAAUGACAGAAGCAUCCAUCUUCGUUCAAGUUUUAAUCAAUGACAUUUAUGGAAAGUGGAGCCCACUAGUCCUCAAUCCAAGUUAUACUAUAUUGCACUUUCUUGGAGCUUCAAAGGGCCGGCAGCUUCGAGGAUUUAAGAGUCUCUUUAGCAAGAACCCCAAGAACUGUUCUGUUGACACCAAUUCUGGUUUUUACAUUCGCAAGCGCUCGGUCAGUGAUCAUAUACUGCGCCGCACUGCCAGCGCUCCUGCGAAGGGCCGCAAAAAGAACAAAAUGGGUUUCACUGAAGUCAGCAACAACAUAAAGGAGAAUGAACCUGACACUCUGAGCCUGGAGCCGCCUGGGAAACGCAAGACCAACACCGUGCUGACACGUCCUUUAUCCAUGCCGGUCGAUAAACUUCUCAAUGGAGGACUUGAGUUGCCAUCUUGUAAACCUGUCAAUGAUCCUGAGGAGAAAGGCACUGAACUGAGAAGAUCUACUGACACACCAGGCCAUGUAGAAAGGAUCAGGUCGGCAUCCAUUGAUGUUUUGAUUGAAACCCAACCUUCAACACAAUCUGAUGAUGAGACGCCCACAAAUACAUUUUACAAAUACUCUCCCAAAAAAUUACCCCCAAGCAAAGCCCUUGAUACUGAUAAAACCUCUUACCUUGAAAUUGGAGGAAACGACACAGAGGAAUGUUUAGGAGCCCCACUUCAAAACGAGAUAACAAGCACAUUUGCUGAAGAAAGUGUCACGGAUGACAUGGUGUGGCACACAUUUGACAUCUGUGCUUCUAAACAAAAACACCCAGAGACCAAGAAAGACAUACAAGAAGCUUGCAGCCCCAAACGUUCAGCUAAACCUGACAUUGUCCUGCCUAAUGCAUGUAACAACAGUUGCACGUCCAUUUCAACUGUUGAUCUGUCUUCAACAAUCUGCCUUGAUAAGACAGGUAGCCUAUCUUCUAAUGGGACAAUGCAGGACAGUACAAUUUCCAGACUUAUCGAUGCUGUUUCUUUGAGUAAUGAAAGUGGGAUGGGUUCUAUCUCUGCAUUAAUCAGUCAGUUUGACACUACAGAUGACAAGACCAACCUUACUACCAUUUCAAGUAUUCACAGAACCAAUAACCACACUUUUAGUUUAAUGUCAGGCUUUUCAAAUACUCUCACUUUGGAGCCUAACUCUCCACAGAAACCAUUUUUGACAAAUAAAAAGCCUAAGGAUUCUUUGUUGAACUCAACAACAGGCACUGCAGUGUUUUCUAGCCCUGAGACAACAGAACACUCCAUGUACACAAUACUCAAUGAAGAGAUCCUUUCUCCUGCCUCGGUGUAUAACCUCACAGAGAGGAUAAUACGAAGAGCAAACCUGGAUUCUGAAGAAAGUACACCUGCUGGCAGUUCGUGCUGUUCCCCUGUGAAAACAUUACACCCCAAACAAGAAAAUAAUGAUUCAAGCUGGGUUCCCCUGGAGACUGGCAGGUUAUGUGACCGUGCUGCUUCUGUCCAUCUCCAAGUAUCUACAGAAUCUGCUGGAAGCAGCCUAAUGGAGGUAGAGACUGAUGCUGAUGAUGAAUUGCAGGACUUUACAUUAACAUCUAGUAAAUUAAAUAACCUAUGGCCUAGGCAAACAGCAUCUCCAUAUGAAGGAUCACCUUAUGGCAGGCCUAAAAACAAUGGUUCAUAUCAUGAUAGCUACCAGCUGUCAGAAGACCUCUGGACUCGAAGCAGUAACACGUAUCACUGUAGCUAUCGAAUGUCAGAUGAUAUGAGAACACAAAAGAGUAAUACUUAUCAUAGGGGCUAUCAGUUGUCAGAAGAUAGCAGAACUCAAAACAAUGGUAGAUGCUAUGAUAACGACCAUUUGUUAGAAGAUAUCCAAGCUUCCAGAAAAAUGACCUCUUCUCAUGAGAACGGCUACUGUACGUUUAACCAUAACGGUGAAGAGUUAAGUAACGUUUUUCAUGAGCUGGUUACUCCAAAGGCAUAUCAUGAAGGGUUUCCUGUUUCCAAGAGGCCUGUUCAGCGACUGCACACCCACAUGGAGCAAUCAUCAGAAGGGCUGCACAUAGCCAGGCACCCAAGCCCCUGCAAAUCCAAGAGCCUCGGGGAUCUGACAUCGGAGGACAUAUUGUGCAACUUCGAGAGCAAGUACAAGUACAUCAGCAGAAGUUUUGUUACCCCUGCCAUGAAGGAUAAAACGAGGAUGGCUUCUCUUGCCAACAGGCCGCAGUCUGCGGAUCCUUUAACAGAACAGCUGCGUAAACUCGUAUCCUUUGAACAGGAGGAGAGGGGCCCACCCACGCCCGUCACUCAGGUGAAGGACGAUGAAGAAGACUCCCCAAAGAUGCUGUCUAGAAAGCUGUCGUCUCGUAGCCAGAGCAGAGUCCGUCACAUCGCCAACCGAGCCAGGGAAAGGCAGGAAGCCAGCAAGCAAAAACUUCCCAACAGCUGCAGCACAGCCGGCAUAGUUCUGCGUAACAAGCCCCCGGCUCAACACCCUACUGUUAACAGACAUUCCACAGGUUCCUACAUUGCUGGAUACCUAAACCAUAUUAAUGGUGCAGAGAUGGCAGACCGGGGCUUGCCUGAAGGAGCCUGUACAUCAUUUCGUUACAGAUGUCAUGAUAGUUUUUAUGCGGAUGACUCAGAUCCUGGCCCCACCUCAGAGCCAGAGAUAUACUUCUUACUGCGACUGUAAAUGCAUUUGGAAAAACAACCAACCAAACCAAAACAAAACAAGAGCAUUUGCUUUUACCUGAACAUGUUUAGUAUUACGUCAGUGCACUCUUUUUAAGAUGUGUUAUAUUUUAAUCAAAAUCUUAGUCUUCCUUUUGAUUAGGAUGUUGAGUGAUAGGCUGUUCUGUACAAAAGUGGAUUCUGUUAAGCUUUUAAUGUAUACUAAAAGAAAUACUGCAUGUGACUGAUCUAAUUACUGCAAAGCUUCUAUGUGUAAUGCAUGACCAAUGCACAUUUUUUAAAAUACAUUUCCCUUCUUUGCAUUUGCACAGACCAGUACAGCAUUGCAACCGAAAACCAAUUAAAUAUAACUGUCUUUAAAGAAACUGUAUCUUCAGUUUUAUAUUUUUUAUUUUGUCUGCGUGUGUGUUGACAUAGAGAGGGAGCACCUAGUGGACUGUUGUGGAAUAACACAUUAUUCUUCCUUGUGACGGUAGCUCUCAAAUAAAAAAACAAGGCCACAAUGUUUGGAGCUAUAGAUAUCUGUUUUAUUUUAUUUUUAAGGGUGUAUCAGAAAUUAUAAACGCUGCAGUUUUUGUUGCGUUGUUUUAUACCCUCUAUAAGAUUAAACAGA